ACAUUUCUCUGAUUCUCCCCUCAAUCGCCUCCACCGUUUGCUCGUUUUCCAGUUACUUUUCUUCACCGGAAAACAAUGGCCGGACGAGGCAAAACCCUAGGAUCUGGUGCGGCAAAGAAGGCCACUUCAAGAAGUAGCAAAGCCGGUCUUCAAUUUCCCGUCGGUCGUAUUGCUCGUUUCUUGAAAGCCGGAAAGUAUGCCGAACGUGUCGGUGCCGGAGCUCCGGUCUACCUCGCUGCCGUCCUCGAAUACCUCGCCGCGGAAGUCCUUGAGUUGGCUGGAAAUGCAGCAAGAGAUAACAAGAAGACUAGAAUCGUGCCAAGACAUAUCCAAUUAGCGGUGAGGAACGAUGAGGAACUAAGCAAGCUUCUAGGUGAUGUCACAAUUGCUAAUGGCGGUGUUAUGCCGAACAUCCACAACCUUUUGCUUCCAAAGAAGACCGCUGGUUCAUCUAAGCCAUCUGCCGAUGAUGAAUAGAUAGAUAGAGAGAGUAAUGGAAGACAAUUGAUUGCCAUUUGCAUCGAGAUCUGGUUUGAUUUAAGUCGUUUAACUUUGGAAAUUAGGUUUUAUGAUCUUCAUUUUGGGGAAUCGAAUCUGUAUUGGUUUUCAAUUAGCUAUUAUGUCUAUAUCUGUUAAAUUUAGUUAUAAACUUAUGGUUUCGUGAUUAUGAAAAAGGUUUCGUUACUUCAAUCC